GUCUGACAAGUGAAAAUCUAACCUCCUCUUUCUUUUUAUACAUUUACAUUGCAUUUACAACGCUAUAAUACUCCUUUUAAAAGUCAUUAUGGACGACGAUGUAGUUGCUUUGCAAAAUCUGGAACAACUUAUGACGGAAUUUUUUUCUCCGGAGACGACCAAUGAACGAAAACGCACGAUUGAACGCAGUUUUCAAGAAUUUUCUGCACAGAUCGAUUCCUGGAAACCAUGUCUACAUUUUUUAUCCUCUACAAAUAAUCAUUAUGUCAGUAUGUUUGCAUUGUCCACUCUAGAGACAACUAUUGGAAGAAGAUGGCCUAUUUUGCCAUGGGAAGACAAAGCUCUUAUAAGAUCCACUUUAUAUACGUUAUCACUAGAAAGAGAUGUAGUACCUUUUGUGAGAAAUAAAGUAGUAAAAUUAGUAGUUGACAUAGCAAGACAUGACUGGCCACAUUUUUAUCCAGAUUUUUAUUCCAAUAUCUUGCAGUUAUUAGGUCAUAAACAUACAAGACUAUUAGGACUUGUAUAUCUAAGAACAGCAUCAGAAGAAUUAGCCACACCAAGAGAAGAUCUGUCAUUGCAUAGAAAAACUGAGUUAUUCAGGCUGUUAAGCACACAAGUGCCUCUGACUUUGGAUGCUCUUACAGUUCUUCUGAAAGAGACAACAAAAUUACAAAGUCGUUCCGGAACUAUAACACCACCUCCAUCUCCUACCUCUGGACAAAAUAUUGCACCUGCACGUGCAGUACUAGAUGUUGAAGGAUUAGCAACAGGCACUACUGAAGUUUGCAUAGCUACUUUGGAAGUCUUGGCACACUUGUUCAGUUGGAUAGAUUUAUCAGGCAAUAUAUCUAUGAAUUUGCUAGAUGCUAUUUUUUCAUGUGCAAAAUAUCAUGAUGCAAUGAACGGAAAACAAAUAGAAAUGGCUGUUCAAGCUUUAACUACGAUAAAUGAACUUUUAUACAGACCACUCUGCUUACCUGAUGCCACUGACACAUUAUUACUGGAAAUAUUUCAAAACGGUGUUGGCUUAUUUCAACUGAUAGAACGUUUAGAUUCAGUAGAGGAGAGUGCAAUAAAAUAUUUUAGCUAUAUGGAGAAAAUGACCGAGUUUUUACAGUUAUUUAUAACAAAUCAUCUGAAAAGAAUGGAAUCAAGCUCUACAUUUUCAGUAAAUACAUUAUUGGAAGUACUAUGCCAUCACACAUUCCAGCAAGCUUCCACAGUAAACGCUUAUUUGCGUUGUUUAGAUAUUUGGACUACUCUCUUAGAAAGCACUCAGUCGCGAUAUUCUGCUGUUGCAUUAGCUCUCGCGGAACGAAUCUUGCAAAAACUUAGCUUUAAAAUCAAUAGUCGCAUAUUGAUGGAACUCGAUACGGAAAGUUUAGAUGAGAAUGAGGAGACAGAAUGGCAGCAUUUUCUACGGUGUAAUGUAGAAUGUUUGGCAAAAAUUGCUGACAUUUCACCUGUUCCAGUAUUUACGUUAUUGUAUCGAUCGUGGAGAGAAGAAUUGAAUAUUUUUGGAGAAUUUGGUGCUGUCGUCGCUAGAAACAAUGGUCAAAUAAUUAUAUUGAAUGAUACAGACGCGACAAAUGUCCACGCUCAUUUGAGAGAUUUUGCGUCGAUCACACAAGCUUUAACCAGGCUAUAUUCUCUUUUUAUUGGAGAUCAAACAAAUAUUGACCAAGCUCUAGCCGAAGAAGUCGUAUCGCAAACUUUAGACGCAUGUAUAUUCGCGAGAAAUAAUCAACUGUAUAAAGCAAAAUUCCGAACAGCUGCAAUUUUGAUAGAUCUUAUCGAAGUACAUUCACAGCUUUUGGCGUCUCUUCAAGCGUGGUGUCAUUGGAUAGCUAGAAGACCAGAGAAAACUAAAGAGACGUUUUGUCAGCGUUGCAUCGACUCAUGUAUAUGGGCAACGACGUAUUAUAUUACGUCCUGUGAUUGUCCAGCUGUUUCAAAUCUUAUCCAUUCCGCCGUUCAUCUUUUUCAAAGUAUCACCGCCGUUUUAAAACCCAUUUUAUGGGACCAACCAACAUUUAGGAAUUUAAUUUCUAUGGGUACAUAUCCAUAUUUAAAACUGGAUACAAUUCAAGUUCUACGAAGAGCGCUGAUAAACGCAAUAAUACUGCCACCUGGUGAUGCAGCAACAAGACAAAAAUUAUUGGGUAUUAUAAUUAUGGCUUUAUCUUCGCCGUUGGGUAUGCCAGGACAAUCAGUGCCUUCAGAAUCGACAAUUUCAAUUACAAUAAUGCCACUGAUUCAGCUAGUGGAGGAUUGCGCAUCUUCGUCUACAAUUAUAAAAAAAAUGCUGCACUCAUGUCUAGAAUCGAUCAUAAACAGAACAUUAGAAUUAUUGUCCUAUGUGAUAAGAUGUCAGAACAUAUGUGAAGUGUUACUUAGCUUUUUACAUUCAGCAUUUUCAGUGCUACAACAACAAUUAGGACCUGAAUUUAUGCAAAAUGCAGUUCAAGGCAUGUUGCAACUUUAUACUAGAGAAAAUAUCUCUGCUGGCCCUGCGUUGGUUCAGUUGUUAGAAAUUUUAAUACUUGUUGUAUCAGCACCCAGCAAUGCAUUUAAAGCGUUUGUUCCUUCCGUAACAAGCCUGUGUUUAGGUCAAGUAUGGCCUGCUGUUGGAAAUAACUUAAGUGAACAUCCGGACACAACAUUAGUUUUACUGAAACUUUUUCAUAGUAUUCUUAUGCAUCGAUGGCAGUAUUUCUAUAAUACUUCGGUGUUGCGGACUCUUGGAUAUCCUGAUGAAGAUGAACCUGUUGAGCAUAAAGAGGAAUUAGUAGCAAUUUUAGAGGCGUUUGGUCAAGCUCUACUUCAGUCGGAUGUCAAUAUAUUUCGUCAAAGUUUGCAGAGCCUCGAACAAUUAAAUAUAAGAUGGCGACUUUAUCAACGAGUUGUAUUCAAAGUUCAUCUUCUCGAAAGAUUUUUGAUGGCAUUAUUCACAGUUUUGUUUCAACAGUCUCACAAUUUGUUAGCAGAUGACAUAGCCGUGGCUAUACAUAGUCUGGCAUCUGUCAAUAUAGGAUGGUUUUUCGGCCAUUUUUUGCCAACAUUUUUGACAACUUGCGAAGGCGUGGACGAUAUGCAGAGAGCCACUUUAUUGGGUAACUUCGAUAAAUCUACGGAUCAACCAACUCUGACGAGGUCAGUUCUUCAGCUUAUUUCAGAUUUAAGAUGUUAUCAGCUGUACAGACCGAGGUAAAAUAUGGAUUCUGAUUUCAGAGAACAAUAUAUAAUGUCAUUUAUGUGUAAUGACAUUAUUUCUUAAUAAUAUAUAUUAUUUCUUAAGACUUUUUUAUAUAGUGGCAUUUAAAUGAACUUAUAAUGUUUCUAUCAAAUCUUUCCUUCUCCUAGAUAUGAUACAUUUAUUAUAAAAAAAGACAAAUUUUUGUAAACAUUUAUCAUAUGUAUGCCACUGCCGUUUCAUUUUGUGAUAUUAUAAAUAUUAUAUUAUUGAAUAAAACGCGCUUUUUCAUAUAGCGACCUGUUUCUACAUAUUUUUUUUAAAUAGUCAU